UGGGACUGUAUUAGGACGUAUUCACAAACUACAGAUAGAUAUCAUAGAUCAAGUCUCACCUCCAACUAUUGCUCCUAAAAUUGAAUACUCAGAAGAUGUUUUAAGUCAACUUAAUGGAUCUGCAAGACUAGAAUGUGUGUUUUCUGGAUUCAACCCACGUGAAACAAUGCUAAUAUUCUGGUUCUUGAAUAACGGCAAUAUAAUUCAAGAUAAUGACCGAUUCAUGUUAACACAUGAAAAUAGGUCCUUAGUUAUCAACAUUGUGGAGGAAGAGGAUGAGGGAUACUACUUUUGUGUAGCUAAACUUGGAUCGAUCUGGUCUAAAAGAAACAGCAUUUUUGUGAAUGUAACCCAUAAACCUAUCUUCAGGGAGAAUCAAGGCCCCAAAGAUGCUACGGUAAUAGAAGGUAAAGAUGUGGAAAUGCACUGCCUGGCAAGAUCUCUUACAGAUGAGGUCUCACCUUCCCCUCCUGUUUGGCGGAUCAAUGGGAAAAGCAUUUUGAUUCACACCUAGAUAGCCUUAAAUUUCAUAUUGACGUUUACUCACUGACAAUUAGAUCGGUUAAAAAACCUGCGGACAUUUGUUGUGUCUCUUGUGUAGUGUCAAAUUCUGUUGGCAAGACCAUGGGUGAAGGAUGCAUUAAUGUUCUGAAACCCAUAAUAAUUGUCGAAGCACCUGAGGAAAAUAUUAUCAUAGACCCUUAUGAUGUGCAAACCAUAUUAAACUUUACAGUUGUUGCAACUAGUGACAUCUCUGAAAAACUGACAUUCAAUUGGACCUUUUUUAGAAAAGACAGCAAUAUGGUUGGAUUUCCAAAUUUUACGUUCCAUGAUCAAGUUUUUAAUGUUGCUUAUUUCAAUUUUAGUUCAAUGUCCAAAGAAGAACAAGCAUCAAUAUUGGGAUUUUAUCUAUUAAAUAUUUCUCAUAAGUACGAGUAUAAACUUAUUUCAAUAGAAGUAAUAGAAAAAAGCAAACUACCUGAACCAGACGUGACCUGGACUUUAUAUUGGUAUGUAGUGCUCUUUAUUGGCAUGCUGUUGGUAGUCUUAGUCAGCCUCAUCUUCAUCAUUCGACAAAUGAGUCAUCGCAGAAGCUAUAAUGUUGACAAAAGAGAGACUCAAGCUGGUUUGGAUCCAGUUAAGGAAUUAAAUGAAUAUCACAAUAGACAGUUUUCCCAAGCAGGUGCUUCUAACAAUCCUGAAAUAGUGCCUCAAGUGGACUCAGAUUUGGAUAAUCCUCACUUUGGUGAUAUUGAGACAGCAUGAAUACGAGGUUGAAGUGGAUGUCCACUUUUAGGAGGAUGGGUCCUUGGCUGGCAACAAUGAGGAAAGGACAUCACAAACCAUGGAUACAUCUUUGUAAAAUAAGACUUGUUUGUCAAGAUUUUUUAUUUUGGGUGGGUAUUUAUAGACUUUUGAGUUUCUUUUGAUAUCCCCUCACCAAAGAAAUAGCAAUUGAAUUUAUUAAUGUACAGCCAAUCAAAAAAAUUAAUGAGAGAAAUUUGCUAUUUGAAGACUAUCAUUAAAACUAUAGUAGUUUAAGGGUAUACCAAUUUACACAUUUUUUAAAAUCUGUUUUAUAUUUAUUUAACAGACAUUAGCACCAUGUAAAUCUUUUGUCAGGUUCACUAGUUUCACCUGGGAUCUCUAGAUAGAAAAUUACAGUUUAACAUUAUUAAACAGCAAUCCCACUUGACAAUGAUGGUAUGAUACAAAGUUGUAACAAAUUAUUGACUGAAACAUUGUUUCAAUUAAAUUUUAAGCUAGAUAUAAUGUUGUCUAAGGAUUUUUGUGAAUUGGUCAUUUUUUAGUUUAAUUUUUACAUUUUCUGAUACUAAUUAUAACCUUUAUUUUUAUAGCACCAUCUUCAUAGUCAAAGAUAAGCACAAUCUCAUUUCCUAACUACCAUCUUUGCUUUUAAAAUUAGACCGCACACAAGACUAGAAGGUUGGGUCUGUUGCAAUGUUGUCUGCUUUAGUUGUUUUUUUUUACAACUCCUAUAAUUAUUAGGUUGCUAAUUUUUCAUGAGUUGAAAAAGCAAAAACCUUCAAAAUUGGCAGUAAUGAUGUUCUUACAAAUUUGACAGUUGUUGUUGUAUAUCUUUUGGAAAAGAAUACUAAUUAAUUGGUCACUUGUAAUGUCCCUUGUUUAUUCAUCUUAGUUCUCUGCUGAUGGCUGUCCUCUUUGCCUUAUUGCAUGAAACUUAUAUUUCUCACCAUGAGGAGAGAUCAAUAGUUGUCAUUGAAGGGUGCCAUUUUACAUUCCUUGAAAGGGCUCUUAUAUAAUAUCUAUAUCUCUUAUGUUGACCACCUUGAGAGCGUAUUCCAAGGUACAACUCCCCAAAGAAAAAUUGAGCUGUGUGCUAGAAAGUGCUCUCUGGGGUUGGGGUCAACACAAAUGUUACGAAGAAUUCCUUAAGAGUGUGAGCUUCACAUUAACGAUUGUGAAAAAGCUGAGAAAAGAAGCAGUUAUAUUUGCAGAAGACCAAAUGUACCUAUGUCAUGUAUGUGGCUGGCUUUUUAAAGCAAGAAUAGGACUCCAUAUCCAUCUUCAAGUUCAUAGGAAAUUAGAUAUGUGCUUAUCUUAGAUUUUAAAGGAGAAGCUAUAUAUGUAAAGAUUUAAUAAGUUGUGAACUUGUACCUGAACAUUUGUAAAUAUAUGAUGAAUCUGUGAUGGAGAAGUGAAACUUGUAGAUGUGUAAAUACUAUUCAAUGUACACUGAACUAUUUUUUAUUUCAUUACCAUCAUUUCUUUACGACCUCUUGGAACAUUGGGCCUUACUAAAAACAUGUCACUCUCCACAGUCUCUUGCUAGUUCCGAGCUUUUUCCUGUCCUCUCAGCUUCAUCUCGUACACUGCAUCGCCACGUUCUUUUUUGGUCUUCCUUGUGCCCUGGAAAGUUCAAUUUUAAGGCCUGUCUACCACUGUUGUUAGUAUCUUUACUAAGGCAGUGAUCUAUCCAUCUCCACUUUCUCUAAGAUCUGCACCUCUAUAUUUCUAUUUCCAUCUACAGUUUGAUGUUUUAUUUUUUCUCGUAUCAGUGUAUUUUCAAGAUAUUUCUUAGGCAUCUGUUGAUGAAGGUCUGUAUUUUUUUUUUUUUGUUUCGUUUAUUCUCCAUGUUGUUGUUUUUUUCUAUUUAGGCUGGACAAAUUAAAAUUAAUAACUUCUCGCCAAUAGUUUAAGCCAUCCAAACACGAAAUGUAGAUAAAGAUAACACAAGGUUAUACAGAGUUUGUCAAAACAGUGUCUUUGUUAAGGGAUGGAAGAUGUGUGGUAUGCUAUCAUUGAAGUGCAUUGCUCGCCUUUUUUUUUGUGAAAAGUCAAGUAUGUGUAUACAACCAUAAAAACCAGGGGUUCUCAACCUGUGGGUCGCGACCCCCUUUGGGGGGUCGAUUGAUGAUUUUCCAGGGUUCGCCUAAGACCAUUGAAAAUAUGGAUUGUUAUUGUCUACUCUUCUAUUGCUUUGUGUGUAUAAGGGGGGGGGGGGUCGCGGCAAAGUGAGAAAUUGUAAAAAGGGUCGCCGAGCUUAAAAGGUUGAGAACCGCUGCUAUAAACUGUAUAAAUAUUAGAACAAUUCAUAGGUAAUUAUGAAGAUCUUACUAUUUUUUUCACAAAGGUUUUUUUAGCAAGAGUGUAACAUUAAUUGAUUUUCUCUUCUAAUUUAAUAAUUUAUUGUGAUAUUAAUCUAAAAAACUUGAUUGAAUAAUACAUUGUUGUUGAUGAUUUCAAAAUAUUCAUCAUUUACUAACAUUGUUUGCACAACAAUUUCUUUUAAUGGGCUGUUAUUUUGUGAUACUAAUCUAUGGUUUAAUAAUACAUGUAUUACAAUUUAAUUAUUUUUAAUCUAAAUUUGUUCAUAAAAGACAUCUUUGAUCAUCAGAAACAAAAUCCUAAAUCUAUGGUUUAGUUCCUAAACAUGUAUUGUACAAAAAAAUUGACCAUUUUUUUUUAUUUUGAAAAGUAAAUUCAAAUGUAUUAAUUAUCUUUGACAUUCCCAAUUGAUUUCUUAAUUUUUUACACAAAGCCCUACUACUGAAGACCAUCAGAGUGUUAUUUUGUUCAUUUAGACUGUCUAAUAGUAAAUAAGGCAAAGAACCCAAUAUGUGAACUACAGACAACCUUUGGGAAUUUGUAAAUGUUGACUGACAUGUAGAAAUUAGUCUUUCAUAAAAAAUAUUUAAAGUAUGUAUCUUUUUCUGUCCCAGUGUGAUAAAUAUUUAUUGUUUUAUUUGUGUAACAUUAACAAAUUUGUUGAUUGUUACGAUUCGAAAAGGUGCAAUAUUUGUCCAUGCAAAUCAUGUAUUUUUUAGUUACCUUUUAAUUACCGGUAUAUGAUAGCCUCGCCAAGGAAAUUCAAUGACACAAAUUGAACAGAUAAUAAAAUAGAUGUGGUUUGCUGUCUUGACAAUGGUGUUCAAACCUCGUCUACCACCACCACACCGCCCUCCUGCAGGAGGUUUGGGCUAGGUUGGAAUAAUUUUUAAAUCUGAAGGAACAUUGAAAAAAUGUAAAACAAACAAAACUAAAUCAGAGACAAAUUUUGGUGACAUAAAUUGAGUUCAAGUUUAAUUUUGAUCAAAUGGCCAAACAUGUUUUACAGUUUCCUGAAUUUAGAUAUACAUUUUAAUUUCUAGGUCUAAAGUUUUGAUUUUUUAAUUUCUAUCUAGAAAUUCAAUUAUUCCUUCUUAUUUAAAAUCUUAAGUCUUGUUCUUUGUCAAGAGAUUCAAUUAUUAGUGUCCUGCACUUAUAUCUAAGUUUUUUUAUUUCAAGUUUUAUAAAGAAAAAGUACUGCAUGUUGCAGGCUGCCUAAGAAUAGGCAACUUCUGAGUUUUCCACAAGGUUGACUCCUUAACCCUUUGGAAUGGUUGGUUAUAGCUGCAAGGCAGCAAAGGUUCGAAUUCAGAGUUUUCUUUUAAUUAUGUGUGUUCUUAGUAAAGGCUUCUUUCCGAAGCUUAAAAUUUCUGCUUUUAGUAAUACUAGUACUGCCGGACCCAAUUUUUUGAGGCUCACGUGAAGGCCAGGAAUUGAACUGGCAUGUCAGAAGAUAUUAAAAACGCAUGUCAUUGAAAUCAUUUUUUUUAUCUUCUCUUUUGAAAUACUGAUGUUACUUCAAAAAAGAUGAUUUCGUACCCUGCGUCAUGCAUCUAGUCAUGCAUUAUUAACCAAAGACUUAAAUUCUGCCAAAUCAUUGAUUUUCGUUGCUUGCUCAGGCAACCCAUUUCAUGAUCUAAUAGCACUAGGGAAGAAGGAGCAUUUGUACAUAUCAUAUGUAAAGAGGAAUGUGCCUUUAUCUUUGAUUAUUUUAUAGGUCAGUGGAGUGCGUGCAUUUUAUUUUUAUUUUCUCCCUUUACUUAAAGUAUAUUUUAAAAACAUUAUUACAGGGAAAUAUGAAUGCGAUUAUGACUAUAUCUUGCCAAUGAUUUAACAGAUUUAUCGCUAGAUCAAAUAUUUAACUUUUUUUAUGUUGAAAUGGAUAUGCAAUUUAAAAAAAAAAUCUUUGGAUAAUAUGGUGAUAUUAAAGAAAAAUACUU